AUGCUGAAACGACAGAGACCUUCAUCCCCGUUUCCCUCUUCGUCAGAUUCACCGAUAGCUUGCGACCCGUACAACGACCUUCAACUCCCUCCCGCAACGAAACGGCAGCGAAUUGCGCCACCGAGCCUCGAUGGCCCUUCUCGCGGGUGGGGGGGAUCUCACACGACUCAGACAUCAGACAACGCAGACGACGGGGAGGAGGACUUAGAGUAUGAAGACGACCAUGACGCCAUGUGCGAUGCGAGCAGCACAGAAGCGCACCUGAUACGAGAGAAAUACAAGUCCACGAAUACCAUGCUCUCUGAGCUGCAUAUUCUCCAUCAACAUCAACAUCGCCUACUCUUUGCGCCAUCAGCGCUGCAGACACGCAGUAAACCGCUCGCAUCGGCUUCAGAGGGUAAACGGAUAAAUGCACCUAUCUCAUCGUCAAGUCUGCCUGGGCACUCGAGUGGUCCAAAUCGCGUAGACCAUUCUCUCCGCAUAGCAACAAAGAGCGAGGGAAAUAAGGCUCCGUUAGAGGAUCAGGAUGUCUCUGAGAAGUACAAGCAAACGAACAAGUUGCUGGGCGAUCUAGUUCUCUCAAGGAGGCGCCAAAUAGGCAGCUCAUCAUAA